AUGAUCGGCCGUCUGUUCGGUAGCGUGUCUCAGAGGGUGCCGAGCUUGUUUUACCGGGUGUCGCUGAUGAUGAAGCCGCAGGUUGUGUUCGUGCUGGGCGGGCCUGGCGCCGGCAAAGGGACCCAGUGCUCCAAAAUCGUGGAGAACUACAGCUACACUCAUUUGUCAGCUGGGGACUUGCUGAGAGCAGAGCGAGCUAGAGAGGGGUCAGAGUUCGGACAGCUCAUUGCCUCCUACAUCAAGGAGGGAAAAAUUGUCCCUGUGGAGAUCACCAUCAACUUAAUCAGGAAGGCAAUGGAAGAGACCAUGCAGAAAGAUGCAAAAAAGUUCCGUUUCCUAAUCGAUGGUUUCCCCCGCAACGAGGACAAUCUUCAGGGGUGGAACACUGUCAUGGAUGGCAAAGCAGACGUCAAAUUUGUGCUUUUCUUUGACUGUGGCAAUGAGGUCUGCAUCAAUAGAUGUCUAGAAAGAGGGAAGAGCAGUGGACGCACAGAUGACAACAGAGAAAGCCUGGAGAAAAGAAUCCAAACCUACCUGCAGUCUACACGACCAAUCAUUGAACUGUAUGAGAAACAUGGCAAGGUGCACACAGUAGAUGCAUCCCGUUCCGUGGAGGAGGUGUUUGCUGAUGUGAAAGCCAUCCUAGACAAAGAGGAUUGAAUUUUCCCAGCUGCCAACAACAUUCAUGUACCUUUUUUAGGUUUCUUUUUAUCAACUGCAAGUACACUAUAAUAAGUAUAUUUCCAUUCAUAUGACUUUUUAUUUGGUUACUUAUUUGUAUUUUCCAUGCGUUUUAUAAUUGCUGCACGGUUUGUGAUUGUGUGUACAAUAUGUGUUGGUGUGAAUGAGAAGUGAUCAACUAGUUGAUGUUCAGAAGAGCUCACAGCUCAUCUACACUGUCUUUCAUCAUAGUUUGAGACCUUUGCAUAGGCACAACAUGUAUCCAUUAGCUUAGACACUUUUUUGUCAAUCAGAGACACUGUACUGGAAGUCUCUACAAAAAAUGUUACAUGUCACUAAUGUCUUCAGAGUAUCAUGUGAUUGGAAGCAGCCAUAAUGCUUCAGACCAAAUAGCUUUUUGACCUGAUGGUGACCUUACAGAGCAGCCAAUAGCCUGUCUGGGCUCCAAAUAAAAUGCAUACAUCAGUCUCAUGUCUCUCACAACAUGGGCAUGACCAGACUACUCAGUCUGAACUGCUUAUGUGCCAUGUAGAGCUAUCAGGUACUCCGUUUCCGUGGUAAAUGGCUCAUUCUUUGAUGAAUAUUUGACUCCAUACCAGAACACCUCGAUGUGUUUCAUCACAGCUAGACACCUGGGACUAGUCAUAUUUUAGAGAAAACAUGGAGAUAAAAAUGAACAACUUGUUAAAUCUGUACUGUGUCCUCUCCAAGGAGGGAUGAUAAAGCUGAAAAGUAAAAACACUGACUUUUU